AUGAACUAAAAUGGAUAAUUAGAGCUAAGACAUCUAUUAAUGGGAAUGAGAAAGGAUUGUAAAGAAAUUCUUGAGUAUGAACGAGAGAAGGACACUAGUCACAUAGUAUAUGAGUUGAAAAGGAGUUUCAAUUUAAAUUCUGCGAUUGUUAUUUACAAGAAUUAACUCAUUAUUACAGGAGGUGAAAAAUAUUAGAGAAAUAGAGAAGCCACAAAAUAUACUUAUAGAUUUCAUAUGAAGAUUGAUCCAAUUACUAAUAAUUUACAAUUAUAACUUGAUUCUCACUUUCCUAAUCUUUAAAUGAACAGAUCAAUGCACAGUGCUUUUGUAUUGAAUGAUCAUUUAUUCGUAAUGUUUGGAAAUUAAACUGGUUAUGAAUACUAUGAUCUAAUUAAAAACCCAAAGUAAUUUACUUAUAAAGAUUUCAAUGAAUACCUUCAAUUCACAAGACCAUUGAUACUUCCAUCAGAACCAGCUCAGGAUAAGAAUGAAUAAGAGAUUAUUAUCCUAGGUGAGAAUUAAUUUAAAAAGACUCGAACUAAGACUCUUUAAUUCUACAAAAUGCAAAUAAACUUACAAAAUUAGGGUGAAGACAAAGUUCCUUCGAUUUAUAUUGAAGAGUACAUAUAAGGCCCAUAAAUGGUGUGCAAUUUUCAUCAAAAUUAUCCUUAGUAGUAUUACUAUCAGACCACUAAUGAAUGGCUUAUAAUGAAUGAAAAAGGAGAAAAUUGUAUUCUAGAUCUGAAAAACCAUCAAGUAAAUUAUCUAAAUUCAAGGCAUCCUAAAGAAUAACAAGAAUGA